AUGGGGCUUUUUGGCAAGACACAGCAAAAAUCUCCUAAAGACAUGGUUCAAGACUGGACUUCAAAACUAAGAAAAGAAGGAUAUGGUUUAGAUCGGCAAGUUCGAGCUAUUCAGAGAGAAGAAGAAAAAACCAAGAGAGCUUUGAAAGAUUCUGCUAAGAAAGGAGAGAAAGAGGCUUGUGUGAUUCUUGCCAAGGAAUUGAUUCACUCAAAAAAGGCCAUCAGUAAAUUAUAUGCUGCCAAAGCAGAACUAAAUUCUGUCCAAAUGAGCAUGAAACAUCAACUUUCAACACUACGUCUUGCUGGGGCCUUGGAGAAAAGUGCAGAUGUGAUGAAGAGUAUGCAUUCGUUGAUAAAGAUACCUGAAAUACAAUCAACAAUGAUGGAAAUGUCCAAAGAAAUGAUGAAGGCUGGAAUUAUUGAAGAGAUGCUGGAAGACACAAUGGAAGGAUUUGAAGAUCAGGAUGAACUUGAAGAUGAAGCCCAAGAAGAAGUAGAUAAAAUUUUGUUUGAUUUAACGGCAGGUGAACUUGGUAAAAUGCCUACUGCUGUCAAAGACUCAUUACCAUCGACUGAUGUCAUUGGAGCAGCUGCAUCAGCUUCUCCUCUUUUGGAUGAUGAUGAAGAUGAAGAAGAUGACAUGCGAGCUCGGUUGGAGGCAUUGCGUAGCUAG